AUGGAUCUCAUCGCCGUCGCCGCCGCCGCCUGCGACAACUUAGGCCUGUUCAUCAACACGCAGAAAACGGUGGUUAUGCAUCAACCGUCACCCACGGCUGUCUACGUCGCACCCCAAAUCCACCUGAACGGCGCCCAACUGCAAGUCGUGGACAACUUCGCCUAUAUUGGAAGCACACUCUCGCGCAACACAAACAUCGAGGACGAGGUUGCCCGUCUGCUGUCCAAAGCCAGGAUGUAA